UUUUAUACAGAAGAACGACCACACAGACAAUUUAAUUCCUUCAACCCUAAACGAUGGCAAGAAUGAUAGAGAUGGUUAAUUAGCCGUGUUCGCGUCUUGCUUUGCUGCACGGCCUCGGCAUGACUCGGAAAUGACACAUGAUGCUGAUCCUUUAGAUAAGGUGAAGCGCCUCAUUAACUAAGAUGGCGUAGAGGUCAGCGGUCAGAUGUGAGUAGAAUCUUGAGAGCGCAGAGAUGAGUCUGACCUCCUGGUUCCUGGUUAGCAGCGGGGGCACCCGCCACCGACUGCCCCGCGAGAUGAUCUUCGUGGGCCGAGACGACUGUGAACUGAUGCUUCAGUCUCGCAGCGUUGAUAAACAGCACGCUGUCAUCAACUACGACCCUGACACAGAUGAGCACCGAGUAAAGGACCUUGGGAGCCUUAAUGGAACGUUUGUGAAUGAUGUCAGAAUACAAGAACAGGUCUACACCACCCUGAAAAUGGAAGAUAAGCUGAGGUUUGGCUAUGAUACCAACCUGUUCAAUGUGGUCCGGGGGGAGCUGCAUGUCCCAGAGGAGGCACUGAAGCAUGAAAAAUUCACUAGUCAGCUGCAGCUGGCCAAGAAGCCAGUGGACACGGGAGAAAGUUCCAGAACUGCAGAACCCAAAGGUGCUGAGGGGAGCGGCGAGUGCCCAGCCCAACCCUCCGACGCUCCCAAAGGAGACGACAAGGCUGCAGCUGAUGUAGCGGUGUUACACAGAGGGACCCCUCUCUACGGACAGCCAUCUUGGUGGGGGGAUGGAGACGCCGAUGACGAGAACUCGGUGAAGCAGGAUAACAAGCCCUCAGACCCCAAACAGGCCAGAUGUGAACCAGAUGCUAAAGAUGGACAAAUGCCAGGAGGUGUUCAUGGGCCCAGCCAAGGACCAGGCCAGGAACCCAGCUACUUUGAGAUCCCCUCCAAAGAGACCUCAACGUCGGGUGGUGGCAACAGUGACGUCCCCCCCAAAGGCCACCAGGGUUCAGGAGCCGCCAAGGCCACAGACCCCACCCCCUCGCAAGAGGCCACCGCCCACGGCCACGCCUCCUUCACGAUCGAUUUUGACACUCUGGCGCCGGGGAAGGUCAUGGUGAAGGAGCGGGCGGCAAAGGGCAACCAAGAGCACCGGCCGCGGCCGAAGAGGGGGGCCGGGGAGGAGCUGAGCGCUCUGCAGGCCGCCAUGGUGGCGGCGGAGGUCAAGGUCGCCGACUGGCUGGCCCAGAACGAGCUGCCGCUGGCAAGGUCCGAGUCCGCGGCGGACGACGACGGAGACAGCGUCAAGAGUGACGUGCCUGUCCAGCUGAAGAGCCUCCGAGGCAGUAAGCAUGAGGACGGUACCCAGAGUGACUCAGAGAACCUCCUGGGCGAUCAGUUUAGCGCGCGCCGUGCCAUGUUCCAGGAGCGGGCUGGCACUCGCGGGCACCGCACGGGCAUCGCCAGGGCCGACGGAGCCUUCUCCGGCCGGGACGACCCGUAUCACCCCGACAACCGCAAGUACCGCCCCCUGGUGGCACCCAAGAAGAUGGCGCCCGUCGGAGGGGAGGCGAAGGAAGCCACCGCCACCACUGCCACCGCUGCUUCCUCUUCCUCGCACAGAGCACCCAAAUCGGGCCCGUCCUCCGCAGGGACCCGGGAAACGCCGGCUGACCCCCGGGAGGGGCCGCAGAGGGGUCGUCAUAGCGACGACCUCAGCGACAGGGGCACGUACACCAUCGAUUUCGAGAAUGGGAGCCAGGAGGUGGAGGAGGCCAGACGGAUGAUUGACAAGGUGUUCGGAGUGGAGGAUAACCAGGCUCUGACUAAGCUCCGCUACCCCGAGCACCAGCGGGACCGGGUCAGCAUUUGCCCCAGGCCGGGGGCAGUAGAAAGCAGGAGGGCAGCCGCCCACAUGGGCUCUGAGGUCCUGCCAGAGGAUUUGGUGGUGGUGGGUGGCCCUCGCUGGGUCUCACAGUGGGCCAGUUUAGCGGCCAGUCACGUGAGGACCGAUCCGGAAGGUUCCGGGGCCGAAUCACACGUGUACAUCAACAACGAGAAAGUCCCAGCUGAUGUCGGUGAAGUCUCCCAAAGCUCUGCCUCAGCUCCCUUGUCCAGCCAAACGGAGCGCAAGAGGCGGACCCUCCCCCAGCCUCCGCUGGAGGAGAUGACCCUGGACGGGUCCAGAAGCAGGCCAGCGCGGUGGCCUGCCACCUCCGAGAAACAAGACACGGAGACCCAAGAGAAAGAGAGCAAGUUCCAGGAGCCGCCCAGGGCUGGCCACAGGGCCGCAGGAGGCCCCCCUGUGAUCAGGGAGCAAGCGGGGGCAAGAGGCGGCAGGCAAGCCGCGGGAGGCGCGGGCUCUGAGGCAGGAGGCCGUCGGACUGGCCAGCAGCAGCCGGGUGGCUCCCCGUGCAAGUCGACGGGCAGUGGGGAGCGGAAGAGUGCAGAUGGGAGGAGGAGGAAGGAGGAGGAGAAGGAGAAGCUGGGGAAGCCCUUGCUGAGGCAGGAGAGCUUCACGGUGGAGAGGCCCAGUGCCAACGUGCCCCUGGAGCUCAUCCCGUGCAUCGACAGCCUGACCACCACGACCACGACCGCCACCGCCACCGCGGCCGCCUCCACGCAGACCAGAGACCCCGGCGGGCCGAGCGACGGAGUGGACGCUGCCACGCUGCUGAGGGACAACGAGGCCGUGGCCGCCUUCCUGGAGACCACGCUGUCGGACCUGGCCGACCCGCCGAGCUACUCGCUGGAGGGGUCGAUGUCGCCGGAGUCGGAUAUCGACACGACCAGCACAGUGAGCCAGGCCGGGGGCGAGGGCGGCCGCAAGGCGGCGCAGAAGAGACGCCCGGGAGCCGGGCCGCCGAGGGUGGCGGCGAAUAAAGGUGGGCCGCAGGACAAGGCGAGGUCGUCUCAGCAGUUGGCGGCGGCGGCGGCGGUGGCGGCAGGGGGGCCGCGCUCGCGGGCGUGGACUUCGCUCGAGCUGACCGACGACGACCUGAACUCCUCGCUGCUCUCCGACACGCAGCCUCCUCCUCCGCCCGCUCCGUCGAGGGGCCGCGGGCACACGCAGGCCGGUUCUAAAGCGGAACCGGCAGGCGGCCGGGCCGGCCGAGGGAGAACCGCCUCGUCCGGGUCGGCGCCCGUCGUGCCCUCGCCUGCCUCCAAGCCCGCGGUCGCUCCGCGCCCGAGACCGACCCGCGCCUCUCUCCUCCGCCGAGCUCGCCUCGGGGAGCCUCCGGAGGUGGACCUGGGUGACGCUGAUCGGUUGUCCGUGGCGUCGGAGGCCUCGACGGCCAGCUCAGCCUCCAGGCCCUCCGCCGGCCGAAGGACGCUAUCACGGAUCGAGGCGCUGGCCCAGCCAAGGAGGCCGCGCGUCAGUUCGCCGUCGGCGCGGAGCGACUCGGAAGCAACCUCCAGCCGGUCCAGGGGCUUGCCCUUGCGGCCUCCCCCAGAGAGUGCUGCCCGAGCGGGUUUCAGGUCCGGUGGCUACCCCUCCACUGUGGCUGCUGCUCCGAGAGCCCGGGCGAACAGUGCUUCCAAACUCCCAGAUAAAUCGGCUGUCACCUCUUACAACCACAACACUACUGCAGCUAACAACCGCUGGCGCCGAAUGCCCAUCGAGUACGCCUCCACCUCCGAGGACGAGUUCGGCUCCAACCGCCACCCCACCAAGAACGCGCGCCCCCGUCCCCUGGCCCCGAGGGUGACCCAGCUGGGCGGCUCCGCUCCCACCACCCCCAGUCCAAUGGGCGUGAGGCGCCACUCGCGCGAGCAGGACGACUACAUGAGGGACUGGACGGCACACAGCGAGGAGAUCGCCAGAAUCAGUCAAGACCUGGCUAAAGACCUGGCCAUGCUGGCUCGUGAGAUUCAUGACGUAGCCGGAGAGAUCGACUCAGUCAGCCCUUCGUCUGCUGCGGACCCCUCUGCGCUUAAUGACCGAGUGUUUGCGGAGAGUCUGGGCAGCGCUCCUGAGAUCAGCACCACGAGCGUGGAACUCCGCCCACAGGCCGCCAACGGGCAGGACCUGCGUGCGCUCCGACGCCGCACUUGGAACAGAGACGAGGCCGUGAUGGACAGUCUACUGCUCGCGUCCGUGUCCCAGCUCUCCGCCAAAAUCAGGCAGGCGGUGGAGAAGACGACCAGCAAAAUACGGAUCCUGUUUAAGGACAAGGACAGGAACUGGGAGGAGAUCCAGAGCAAGAUGCAGCUGGAGCUGGAGAUGCCACUGCUCAAGACCUCCAACCAGGAGAUCUCCUCCAUUCUACAGGAUCUGAAGAGGAUCGAGAAACAGUUAGUCGUGAUCGACAUCAUGGUGGACCCUGACGGCACUCUGGACGCGCUCAGCAGCCUGGGCUUGACCAGCCCCCUGGUCUCCGAGCACAGGGACAGCCCGGGCUCUCAGGCCCAGAGCGCGGGCCCUCUGCUUGGGGAGGGUGCGGCCGGCGCCCCCCUGGCCCCCGCGGCUCCCACCGAGGUGGCCGAGCGCGACGCAGGCCUCGACGUGAACAGCAACGCGGCCGGAGGCAGCGGCGGAAAAAAGAACUCGGUCUCCCACCAAUGAAGGAGGAGGCCAUUUGUUUUAACGUGGGCCAUUAGCUUGGACAUGCAGUGGCCCUGUAUGUGCUUGUCCAGUGCAAGUAAUAUACCCACUGGGAGUCUAUUAGCUAGCUAACGACACGUGGAGAGAGAACAGACAGCAUACAGCAAACUACUGGAUAUAUUCAUUGUGAAGUCAAAUUGCCCAUAUAGCAGUGCUUAGGUUGACCCUGAAAGAAAAAAAAAUAUCCCCAAACAUAUUUUCAAAAGCUUACAAAAUAUUUUACAUUGUAUACCUACUGUGCCACUACCUAAAUAUUACACUAUACGUAUGUUACUUUAUAAAGGUAUUUGAUAUUACAUCUGUAACCAAAACCACUCCUAGGUGUAACUGAGAUUUACCAUAGAUGAAAUAUGGCAUCGGCUAAGAACAGGAUAUGUGCUUUAGGAAGUAGAACGAAAAAAAAAAGCUUGUAUUUUUGUCCCAAAGUCUGAUUAUUGUUAGGAGUGCUAAGAUGAUUAUAUAUAACAGACAUAGCCUACAGUAUGUUUUAACAUUGUAUCUUGUUUACAAACGUCUUGCUCCUAUGAGGCUCGUUGUGGUUGUGAGCUGAGGAGCUUGUGAUGUCCCUGAUCAGCCUUUCUCUGCCAACCCUCACACGGGGACUGACAGGGGCGCUACACCGGGCGCGUAACUGAAGCGUUUUAUUCGCGUUGCGUCUGCUGCAACAAUUAGCUUACACUUUGAUCAAUGGA